CAUGGGCUGGGCGGGCCAUAGACCUGGGCGCCGAAUCGCCCUGCUGCACCAAAGUCAACUAGAGUCCAUUCCGUUUCCGUUAAGAACAAGGUCAAAUUUAGGUGCACAUCAAAGGCCUUCCUGUUGAAGAAAGCAAAGCAUCGGCUAACAGAAACAGGCUACUUCUGCGCGCUUGGUUGCGAGGGCGUCCAAAAAACUUGGAUGGCUAAACCGGCGCGAUCGCCGACGGCGGAGGCCCUGCCGGCCGCGGUCGGGUCGGGGCUCCGGUCCCUCGCCAGCGCUGCCUCUGGAUUUCUGGAUCGGUGGUCGGUCGUCGGGACGGGCGUCUCCAGGCUCGAGAAAACUCUCGGCGACCAGUUCCCCGAGGGUGAGCACUACUUCGGCCUGGAGAAUUUUGGCAAUACCUGCUACUGCAACAGCGUGCUGCAGGCACUUUAUUAUUGUAUUCCAUUUCGGGAGCAGUUGCUGGAAUAUUAUACAAAUUACAGGAAUCCAGGAGAUGCUGAGGAAAAUUUGUUGACCUGCUUGGCAGAUCUUUUUGCGCAGAUAAGCCUAUCGAAGAAAAAUACUGGUGUUAUUUCUCCAAAACGUUUUGUCCAUAGAGUGAGGAAACAGAAUGAAUCGUUUUGUAGUUCUAUGCACCAGGGCCUAGCUUGGAGAAGGAUGAACAUUGGAGCAAGAACAAGCAUGGAGAAUGCAUAG